AUGGAUAUUGACAUCGAGGAUAUCUUAGCAGAAUUGGAUCGUGAUACCACAGCAGUCGAUGAAAGUCUACCGUCACAUGAUGAAAUUCCAAGUGAAUCCAACACUACUAGCCAUACAUUAUUAAAUAAUUCAUUAGAAACAGGUCUUAAUAACGAUAAGAAUGGUAAACGUAUCACUACUACGGUAGCUACAGAUAAUAAUCUUAGAAUUGUAUCACCUGAAUUGAGCUUUAAACAAUUGAUGACAUGUUGGAGAAAUGAACGUUGUGCGCCUGAAUUAUUGCCAUUUCCUCAUGAACUAAUGAAAAGAAUGAUGUCAAGAAUUCAAGAACAAAUGGAGUAUAUUGAGAAUAUAUCAAUGGGGUUCCUCGAGAACGAUCAUACUCAUUAUUCAGAUCAUUCCCCUCAAGAUAGGAAUAAACUUGCAACUGAUGAUGAUCCUGUUGCCACUAGAAUGAAUAGUAAUCAUGAUUCAAAAUUGCCAUUGUUAUGUAUGGAAGCAGAAAUUGAAAGAGUCAAAUUUGUUAUAAGAAGUUUUAUACGAUGUCGAUUAUCAAAGAUUGAUAAAUUUAGUUUAUAUUUAAGACAAUUGAAAGAGGAUGAUACUAAUAUUAUUUCGUUAGAUGAAAUACUGUCCAGAGAAGAAUUAGAAUAUCAUGAAAGACAUUUCCUGAUCUCAUUGAAAUUAUUGAAUGAUAGUGUCUUGAAAUAUAUGCCUACUGAAUUACAAGCAAUUAAUGAUACUGAAGGGAGUGUUAAUAUGAUUGAAGAACCUGAUUGGAAUAAAUUUGUUUUUAUUCAUGUUGUCGGACCGCCUGAUGGGAAUUUAGAAAAGGAUUCAUCUUUAACCACGAAUGAAUUUAAUAAAUAUUGUUAUUCUGUUACUAUUCCAGAAUUAAAGGAAGAUGUUGAAUUGACAAUUAAUAGUAUUUAUGUCAUGAGGUAUGAAGUAAUAAGAGAUCUCUUGAAAGCUGGGAAAGUUGAAUUGAUAUAG